AUGUCGUUGCCAGCGUAUAUUUGUGGCGAAAUCAUCUUCAUCGAUUCGUUCCAAGCUACCGAGGACUUUAACCCGUAUCGUCUGGCGUACGGCACGCGGUUCUACGUGGUGACUGUGUCAAGCGAGUAG